AUGCUUGCUGAUCACCAGUCCUCUCAGGCCGCGCCCGUUAGUAAACCGUCAAUUGACGUCCUCACAAACAGUAUCUCGGAGUUUUUCUAUGAUCCGGAGAACGGCGAGACGUUUGUGUCCUGUUUGCAUGAUGAGUUAUGCAAGCGGAUCGAAGAAGUCCUCCAACGGAUUCACGACAACGGACUCAGACUUAGCCAAGAAAGAUGCCAGUUCUUCCUGACCUCGGUCAAGUAUCUGGGUUUCAUCAUUGAUGGCCUGGCCGGCAUCCGGACCCUGAAAAUAUCCGCGCUAUUCAACACAUACCAACUCCCAAAGAUGUUCCCUCACUGCGCUCCUCCAUAG